AUGAGCUACAGCUGGUGCAUCUGCCUGGUUGUGUUGGUGCUGCUGGAGAGAGCCAUGCAGGAAACGGCUGCUCUGCUCCUUGUGCUGGCCUGUACCUUGAGCACAGGUCAGCAUUCCCCUCUCAAUGACUUCCAGAGGCUAAAAGCUACUGAGCUGGUUUUUGCGUCCCUCCAGAAAGAGGAGAAGCCUCUUUCUGUAGAGGAGUGUGCAAGGCUGUGCACACCUAUCCUACACUGCAGAGCCUUUAAUUACAACUGGCAGAGCCACAGCUGCCAGCUGCUCCCUAUGACCCAGCAUUCACCACAAGCCCAGUUGCAGAGGAAUGUCCACUAUGACCUCUUCCAGAAGAAAGAUUAUGUGAGGAACUGCGUGGUGGGAGACGGGUCAAGCUACAGAGGGACCCAGUCAGUGACAGAAAAUGGAGAAACCUGCCAGCGCUGGCGGUUGACAUUUCCUCAUGAUCAUAGGUUUCCUCCAUCGUCACUCAAUGGGUUGGAAGAAAAUUACUGUCGGAAUCCAGAUAAAGAUCAGCAUGGUCCCUGGUGCUACACAAUUAAUGAUAGCAUUCGGUUUCAAAGUUGUGGCAUCAAGAAAUGUGAAGACGCUGUAUGCAUGUCGUGUAAUGGUGAAGACUAUCAGGGCUUUGUGGAUCACACUGAGUCUGGCAAGGAGUGUCAGCGCUGGGACCUGCAGUUUCCUCACAAGCAUCCAUAUCAGCCAAAUAAAUACCCUGAUAAAGAUCUGUCUGACAAUUACUGCCGUAAUCCUGACAGUUCUGAGCGUCCUUGGUGUUACACGACAGAUCCUGCCACAGAGCGGGAAUACUGUCACAUUCGGAAAUGCACAGAGAAACGCCCGCGCUUUGCUACUUCAACCAGCUGCUUCAGGCUGAAAGGAGAAGACUAUCGAGGCAAGGCAAACACCACUUCAACAGGCAUCCCUUGCCAACGCUGGGACUCGCAGACGCCCCACCAGCACAAUUUCCUGCCUGAGAAAUAUGAGUGCAAAGACCUGAAAGAGAAUUACUGCCGGAACCCAGAUGGCUCAGAGGCCCCCUGGUGCUUCACUACCCUUCCCAACAUGCGGGUGGCUUUUUGCUUCCAGAUUAAACGCUGUGCAGAUGAUGUGAAAACGGAAGAUUGUUACUAUGGAAAUGGAGAAGAAUAUCAAGGCACCGUCAGUAAGACUCGGAAGGGAAUCACAUGUCAGAGGUGGUCAGAGCAAUCGCCUCACAAACCCCAGGUCUUCCCUACCAUGUUCCCCACUGUGCGUCUUGAAGAAAACUAUUGCCGCAACCCUGACAAUGACAGCCAUGGACCCUGGUGCUACACAAUGGACCCCAGAACCCAGUUUGAUUACUGUGCCAUUGAGCCAUGUGCUGGUGACAAGAAGCCCUCCAUCUUGCUGAACCCAGACAAUGUAGCCUUUGACCAUUGUGGCAGGCGGGAUGACCGCUUGUACAGCAAACGGAGUCGUAUUGUAGGGGGACGCAUUGGAAACUCACCCUGGACUGUCAGCAUCCGCAAUCGGGAAGGAAUCCAUUUCUGUGGAGGGUCACUGGUGAAAGAGCAGUGGGUUAUCAGCACACGCCAGUGUUUCUCCUCUUGUGAUGCUGACUUAUCAGGUUAUGAAGUCUGGCUUGGUACUCUCUUUAAGAACCCUGGUCCUAAUGACCCUGACAAACAGGCCAUACCCAUCCAAAAGAUUGUCUGUGGACCCUCUGAAUCUUUUCUGGUGAUGCUGAAAUUAGAGAGACCAGCCAUUCUGAAUCCACGUGUGGCACUGAUCUGUCUUCCACCCGAACGGUACAUCGUGCCUGAGAAUACCAAGUGUGAGAUUGCAGGAUGGGGUGACACCAGAGGGACUGGUAAUGAAAAUUUGCUCCACGUGGCUGAGUUACCCAUCAUGAGCAAUCAAGCCUGCAAAGUGGCACUUCGGGGCCGCAUGAAGGAGAGCGAAUUGUGUACACAACCUCUGCUGAUAGGUGUGGGGGCCUGCGAGGGUGACUUUGGAGGCCCCUUGGCCUGCCUGGCUCAUGACUGCUGGGUGCUGGAAGGAGUGAUCACCCCAUCUCGCGUAUGUGCCCGCAAAGAUCUGCCUGCUGUCUUCACCCGUGUCUCCCUCUAUGUUGAUUGGAUCAACAAAGUGAUGAAGUUGAGCUGAAUUUGCUGGA